AUGGGCAGUCAAGACGACGGACCACCACCCAGAAGGCGUGAGUCUCGCUCGGGGACCCGAAAAGUCACUGCUCUCUCCUCCGAGCAGCUGGAACGGAAACGUGCAAAUGACCGGGAAGCCCAACGAUCCAUUCGACAACGCACCAAGGAGCAUAUCGAACAACUCGAGACUCAAGUUUCGCUCCUGCAAGCCCAGAUCGCGGAAAUGCGAUCCCACAACGAUCGAUUUCAGGAGAUCCUUCAAAGAAAUGCGGCUCUAGAGGACGAGGUCGGUCGCUUGAAACGCCAGCUGGCCUAUUCAGGCCAUCCCGGAAUGGCAGCAGAUGGCGAGGAAAUAUUGCCUUACCGAAGUAGUUGGCAUUCAGGUGAAGAGCCUGGUGAUUCAGCGUCGAGUGUUCCAGGAGCUGGAACGAUGAUUCCAUCAUCUCAGUUUGUCGGGUCAUCCCAUCCUUUGUCGUCGAGGCUUCCUCGAACACCAUCGGCCGUAUCGAUGUCAAGUCGAUCGUCGCACCCUCAAGAUUGGCAACAAUACACAAAUACGCGUUCGUCAUCUCUAGGCGAGGUCUCCGGGCCAGUGUUGCCAGGACGCAUGGAGUCGUAUGUGAUGGACGGACAUAUGCAACAAGGGGCGCGUCUGGCGCUCCCACCAUCCAUCGCCCUCUCAGCGCCACAGAUCAGUUAUGGCGGCACUGGAUCUCCCAGCCAACAACUUGAAUCAACCGAUAAUCCAUUUGCAGAGGUAUAUUCCGUAAGUAAAAGUCGAGGAGAACAUUCAGACAACCUGCACUCGCCAUCGCAGUCAUCAAGAGACCACAUCUCUUCUUCGUUUCUGCCUUCCCACCAAACCCAGGCCAUCCCCAUGCCUGGCAUCAAUGCUGCGGCCCAACCAGGACCUGACCAGUCUUACCAGGCAUCUGCAGCACCUUACCGGGAUUCUCUAUCGAGUCAGAGUGACCAACAAUACCCUUAUCCUUGGAAGCCACAAUCCUAG